AUGUCGACUGACAAGCCGGAGAAAGGACGGCUAUUCACCUUUGUAGAUUAUGAUAUCAAUCGGAGGGGAGUCACUGAAGUUGCACGAACACAUCUGAUGAAAGAUCGUGUGAGAUCGAAAAGAGAGGCCAGAUCGGAAUGGAUCUCUCGAAACCAAUUCUCGCCGUUGCGAUGGAUGCAACCAAAAGCCACAAAGGACGAACCUGGUACAGAGACCAUGGCUGCCAACCUCAAAGACCAGCAGGAACUGCCCACGCGGCCAAGUCUCGCUAGAAGACCUAUGUCACACUAUGCGGCACUUAUCGAUUUCCAGAAAGAUAUGGCCACGAUCGAAUCAGUGCAGAAGAAAUCACGGUCGAUGUCGCCCACUCGAGCAAGGAGAACGGCAUCAGCAACAACAUCGAAUGUCGAAUCCCGUCAAAGUCCUUCGGAGACAGACUCACCCGACACAGGACUGGACCAAGCAUCCCCAAGCACGGAAUCUUGGCAAGACAUACCAACUGUUUCAGCUGACCAUGGAGAAAAGGUACCAGGAGGUCUUCUCGGACGGCAUAGCUUUGAGACUGAACAGUCGCAAGCAGACCACAUAGGGCGCCGAAUUAGCCUCAUGAGUGACUCGGAAUUCAGGCUGUCCCUAAUAGAAGGACUCCAAAUCGAGAGUACACCGUUGCAAGAGACGACGGACCACAGGUCGGCGCCCGAGUCGGCAAAUGAGCCGUCAAAUGAGGUUUUGUCAGAACUCACCAAUUCUGUGGGAUGCACACCCAUUCCAUUGCUGCCACCAGACUGCAAUCUCAUUCGAUAUUUUGCCGCCAACGCGGCAACCAUGAUUGGCUUUGACCGAUACCCUGGGAUUGUGGAGCAGUACGAUCCGAUCCUCACUUUAUUUGUGCCAUUUGCGCUUGCGAAUCAAUGGUGCUUUGAGACCCUGGUGUUUUUGUUCAGUGCAUAUCAUCAUCAAAAUCGAAGUUUAUCAACCGACAUUGACUUGCUCGAUGCAGAAAAGCAGUACCUUGCCUCUAGGCAGAAUGGUAUCCUUGCGCGGACUCGCUCUAGGAUAUCCGCAUUAGCUUCUUAUCAUGACUCGAGUGACGAGGACGUGGUGGCUUUCCUGUUCCUCGCCCUGUCGGAAUACUGUGCCGGCAACCGCGAAAUCGGGCUGAUGCACUUCAAGGCUUGGAGGAAUUAUUGCGAAAUGCGUCGACAGUUCAAUGUUCCGGCAUGCAAGCUUCCUUGCAAGACAAUAGUAUGGUGGUGCAUAUCAAUGUUGAUUGAGGAUGAUGUAUCGUUACACACCCUGUUCAAUCCGUCGACAAGAGCCAAAGUCAGAGAAGACCCGGAAAAGUUGUUCAGAUAUUUCGCCAAUUACGAUAGAUCGAAGGCGACCGAAAGACCAGCGCGGCCAACCCCAGGGGAAAGACGUAUCACCUGUUGA